UUCCACAACACGGAAGUGCGGUGCAGCGUUCAGUUUCUCCAGAAAUAAAUGUUUCUCUUUGCCACAGACUGCUAAAUUACAUCUAGCUCCAGUUAUGAAAGUGAAUGUCAGUAGCUUAAUGUAAGAGUGUAUAUUGCCAUUCAAGUGUUAAAGAAAAUUCACGGAUAUAACRAGUUUGGGACAUAUCUAAUCUGUUGAUGGUGUAUGUUUUCCAAAUGCUUUCCAUUAAUCAUCAGCACCAUGGAACCCACAGCUUCUGGAAUGUUCUGUAACAGAAUGCUUAGCAUGGUAAACUCUGAGGAUGUCAACGCCAUUAUCCAAGCCCAGAGGCACAUGCUGGACCGCUUUGAGAAGACCAAUGAGAUGCUGAUCAACUUCAAUGGACUUUCCAACGUGCGGCUGCAGCAGAUGAACGAACACUUCCUGCUUCACACGCGCACCCUGGUGGAGAUGAAGAAGGACUUGGACAGCAUCUUUAGGAGAAUCAGGACUUUAAAGGGCAAGAUCGCCAAGCAGUACCCAGAGGCCUUCAGCAACGUCCACGAGUCGCCGGUCCUGGAGGACGACGAGUUUGAUCCCAUCCCGCCCAGUGUCGCCACGAUGAUCGCCGCCACCAUGUCGGGGCAGAGCACCGAGUCAUGUGACACGAGCCCCGACGUCAUUUCCCCGAAUGUAAGCCGGUUUUCCGAAGACCUCUCCCAGGAGCAGGCCGACACGCCCACCUCUGACCAAGGCCUGCCUAGCCCUGAAACGGACAUGCUGAGGGACGAGGGCCCCGACUCAGUGCCUGCAGAGUAAGCCCAGGCUUAGGGCUCUACUCAGUACCUGAAGAGUAGAGCCUUCGUAACCCAGGCCUAGGGUUCUACUCAGGGCUGGCAGAGUAGAGCCUCCGUAACCCAGGCCUAGAGCUCUACUCGGUACCCGUAGAGUAGAUAGAAGCAGCAGCAGGUCAAUGUGAUUGAUUUGGCUUUUGGAGUUUUGACCAGUUAUCUGGUUUGUCGGUUCUGAAUCAGAAGCUGAUUUGAUGGUCAGGAUUUAAACCAGCACACUGACUACUGUUCACCUGUAACCGCCAAGAUUGUGUUCAAAGAUCCCUUUUGUAGACACGCUUGUCCAUCACUCGCCACUAACAAUGAAGAAGAUACUUGAAUCUGUGUUCAAGUACUGAAUCCUUAAUUACUGACCACAGGAGGACUGCACCCAGCUAGUCAUUUGUUUGUGUUUGUGUGCACAGGAGUCUCUCAUUAAUAAUGGUUGAGCUUGGAAAUAUUCACUCAUUUAAAGAGGUAGUGAGCUUUGUUGGUCAUGGGUAAGCCUAUUGCAAGCCAGCUAAUCGCAAUAGUACGGCCUACCAAAAUAUGGUUAMAUUUUUUAGUAACACACCUCAGUGUUAUUUACCCUAUUAAAACUAGAGCCUGACCGAUAUGGUUAUUUGGGUCUGAUUUUUGAGGGACAAAACCUACCGAUACGGAUAUAUCURCUGAUAUACUGUUUUACAGCAGGGAAAUGAAAGUGUCAUUUUCCACAUUGAAUUCUCCUAAAUUGCCAUUCAGAAGAGCAGUUGUCCAAGAAAUAUGCUGCUAAUGUUGAUUUCUUACAUUGUGACAUGAUGAGAAUGGCCGCAAACAUUCAGAUCAGCUUGAGAUACCCUUUUUCCCCCAUCCUAUUUAUUGAAUAUUACUUAUCAUGGAAUUAUCGGCUGAUACCGAUAAAGCGUUAAAAUGACAAUAUCAGCAGAUCAUUUCGGCGACGCAAUAUAUCGGUCAGCUUCUAAUUGAAACCUCACCACCGCAGACUUUUUUUGUUUAACAUGCAAAAUGUGUUAGUUGCUGCAUGGAAGAGUUCAGUAUUAUUGUUUUCCGUUGUUUCUCAGAUAUGCAUUUUAUUUUGUUGGGAUGACUUGAGCUCGAGUGCUAGGCUACAUUGUAAAUGACCUCUCGGUGCAGUGGCUAACUUAAGCUUUCUAAGUCUUUAUCUGUAUCAUGAUUACGGUAAAUGUUACGUAACAACUUGAAUGCUAAAUUAUAGUAAUUGGUUUGUUUAACAAUUAAAAUACUUGAAAUAUGACCCCCCCCCCCAACAAAUAAAACCCUCCAGCUUUUAAUGUAUCUUUUAGAAGAGGCGGGGCAUCAGACGGGUUGCCUCCCACAGUGGACCAAUGUUCCAGCCAUAGGUAUGGGAUUUUCGAGACUAGCUGAGCGUCGUUCCGUAGCACAUGCACAGAAGGUACAGGGUUUUAGCUAUUGGGAAGAGGUGUCCAGAGAGAGGUCAMGCAGCCACUCUGCCAAAACAGAAUAAAAUGUGCUCCCUUGCCACAUUGAAAAGGGUUAGAUUAGUAGCCCCAGGUGAUCAUUCUGAGAAGACAAUUAUCUCUGGUUGUAAUGAAAAUAAACUUCAACACUGAUGAUCUUAAUGCGACACAGAUUAAAGAUUUUACACWAAUUUGACCCUAAUCGACCUUCAUCAGGAUUUAUUUUCUGGUUGUGAAUCAAUGUUGAUUUCUUACAUUGUGACAAGAAUGACAUGAGAAUGGCCACAAGCAUUCAGAUCAGCUAUUUAUUGAAUAUCAGUUAUUGGUGGAAUUAUCGACCGAUAUAGCGUUAAAAUGCCAAUAUCGGCCGAUAAUGUCGGUGAUGCAAUGUAUUGGUCAGGUUCUAAUGGAAACUCAACUUCUGACAGACCUAAUAUCAUGGGGAUUAAGAGACUUUGUAUUUGAGCUGAACACUGCACCUUGCCAUCAAUAACCCGCAAUACUAAUCGGCGCUAUACUGCGUUUGCACUACACUGUAUAUGUACUGUAUAUAUUUAUUAAGUCCACAUCCCUUCCUCUGCAUAUCCCCUCUGUAAAUUGUAUAUCCUCACUGUAAAUCAUCUACUCCA